AUGACGAUCCCUAUCCCCAGUACGGUGGAUGCCCUGGUUGUCGGCGCCAGCUGGGCCGGAAUCUGGAACCUGCACCUCCUGAAACGACGCGGGUUGAAUGCACUACUCGUAGAUGCAUGCGAGGACGUCGGCGGCACAUGGUGCUAUACUCGCUAUCCAGGGUGUCGCGUCGACACCGAGAUCCCACUGUACGAGUUUAGCGACCCGGAUAUAUGGCAGAACUGGAGCUGGUCGCAGCGGUUUCCCGAGCAGAAGGAGAUUCAGGCUUACCUUUCUUGGGUGACUGAUCGGUUGCAGCUGAGGGGGAGUCUGGUGCUUGGGACUAGGGUUCAGCGAGCGGAGUGGGAUGAGAGCGAGAAUACCUGGGUCGUCUCUGUUUCUGGUGCGCGAGUCUACCGCACGACAUAUCUUAUCCUGUGUACGGGGUAUUCCACCGUUCCGUAUGUGCCCAAGUUCAAAGGGGCAGAGCUGUUCCAGAAUAUAAUCCAUACAUCCGCAUGGCCUGACAGUGCAGAAUGGAAGGGGAAACGUGUUGGUGUGAUUGGGAACGCAGCAAGCGGGCUGCAGAUAAUCGAAACGCUGGGCCCAGAGGUUGCUCAGCUCACUGUCUUCCAGAAGACACCGAAUCUUGCAACGCCGAUGCAGCAGAAGCAGUACUCGUCUGAGAAAAUGGAUGGGAUGAAGCGCGACUUCUACCCUGAUAUGCUUCGGCAGCGCAACUCGGUGACCGGUUUCUUUGCCUCGCCAGAGCGUGCCACGUUCGAUGACAGUCCUGAGCAGAGGAGUGUCUUUUUCCAGUCUCUAUUUGAUAGAGGAGGGCUGGCGUUCUGGUUUGGGGGGUAUUCCGAUCUCCUAACGUCGCGUGAGGCCAAUAUGGAAGCAUACAAUUUCUGGCGUGACAGCGUCCAUCGCCGUGUCUUGAAUAAAGUCGUCGCUGAGAAACUUGCCCCUGCGAUACAGCCGCAUGCAUUUGGCACGAAGCGGCCAUCGCUUGAGACUUCGUAUUUUGAAGCCUUUAACUUGCCGCAUGUCGAGUUGGUAGACGUGAAUGAGAGUCCGAUCCAGGAAAUCACCACGCAGGGCGUCCGGACGAGCACCAAGCUGCAUGAGCUUGACCUCCUAGUCUACGCCACUGGUUUCGACGCCUUGACUGGUAGCGCCCUGGCAAUCGAUAUUGUGGGCGUAAAUGGACUGAAACUCAAAUCCAAGUGGGACGUCAGGGCGAAUGGAAACGGGGUCUCGACUGCGCUGGGGCUGAUGACUGCAGGUUUCCCAAACAUGUUCUUCCCAAUGGGCCCCCAGGCACCGUCGGCGCUUGGACUGAGUCCACAACUGGCGGAAAUCCAGAGUGACUGGGUUGUUAACUGCAUUGGCCAUAUGCAGUCGAAAGGGCUGGCACGGAUCGAAGCGACAGGGAAGGGCGAGGGCGAAUGGAAGCGAGAGGUGAUGGCCGCUGCAGAACGCACCUUGUUUAGUGAAACCGACUCGUGGUAUAUGGGUGUCAAUAUUCCCAAUCGCAAGAAGCAGCCGCUGUGCUAUUUUGGGGGGAUUGGAAGAUACAUCGAGUGCAUCCAACGAGCAGCUGGUGCUGGCUAUCAGGGAUUCGCUCUCUCGUAG